GCAACCGUCAGUGGGCGAGUGAGAAACGGUGUCGUUUAAGCUAUGAGGAUUAGACAUUUCCAAAUCUCUUAACAAAUUAUUAAUGAUUAUUAAUUAGUGUUUCUGGAUUCGCCCAUAUUAUAAUUUGUUUCUUGAGAACAAACAAGUUCAGUGACUAAAUUGAACCUACGCAUAAGUUCAGUGACCAGCAGAGCCAUAAUUAGUCCUUACAAAAAAGAAACGGAAAAUAAGGGAACCGCGGGAGGGGAUUCUACGCACAGCAAAAACCAUUGCCAUUGUUGUGUUCUUUUCUUUCAUCGUCCGCUCCAAAUCCCAUUUGCAUGGCAAAGAAUUAGAAAACCGAAACACAGGAAGAAAAGAAGGCGGCAGAAGAACCCUCAUUGUCGGUUGAAUUAGAUCAAAGCCCAGAUUCUAACUCAUCGUGAAGGCGCGACCUUCGUUGGACGUUUCCCGCGAACAAUUUCUGGACUUCCCGCGUACCCUUUUCCAUAAUCACCCAUUGUUAUACCUGUAAAGGUCGGUUCUUUGUUUCCCCUCCUCGAUAAUGCGACAGUUUUCGAGCACUGAUCGACGGCUACUUUUUUAACAUUGCUUUGAUUCUCUUGGAAUUGCGUGUGUGGGGGUUCUUCUGAUCAAUUCUUCAUGAUUCUGGAGCACUGAAAAAGAUCGAUUCUUUGGGUGGUUGUUUAAUGAAUGUUUUGUCCUGAUCGUGUCGUGCCUUUUUAUUACGCUUUUUCCAAACAAAAUAUGGGAUCUCUUUCUGGUUUGUGGCUGUUUGAGAUUUCCUAUGCUCGUUUGUCGCCUUUCAUUUGGAUGAAAUUUGGAGGUUAAAGCUCCACAGCUAGGAUCUAUGGCUAUCUCCACCUUUAUCUCUCUUGGGCCCCACAGCAUCAAUGGCUGCCGGAUUGUUGAAAUUUGGUCGACUGGUUCAUUAGACCGUUACUCUUCAUGUCACAUUUUGGCUUGCAUUGCCAUGGGUUCUUCUCUUUAUGUUUUUUUUUUUUUGUCAAUGGCAGCUAAGAGACCUUUGUGUUUACAAAUUGGCAGUGAUGGAGAACGUAUCAGAGAGGGCAUUGAUGAAGCAUCUGCAGAAGGAGCAAGAGAGGGAGAGGCGGCGGAUAAGAGACAGGCAGCGGAGGCAGUCAAUGAGCGCUGAGGAGAGGGAGAGGCAUCUAGCUAGGCGGCGGAGGAACUACCAGCUGCGGAGGCAAAGAGCUGAGAAUGCUAGGCUUGAGCUUCAGCUCAAUCAACAAGCUACGGCGGCUCUAGCAGCAUCUAGUGGUGGUGGAGAAUACAUUGGCAGGGUUGUUGAACAUCAGCAGCAACAUCAGAUGUUGUUGCCUGUUCCUGAAGCUAGUAAUAGUGCUCAGUUCAAUGGCUUGGAUUCCAAUGGCAUUGUUGUUGAUCCAGAGCAUGACAGCUUCAAAGCAGCAUAUGCAAAUCCUGUUGCUUUGGAAGUUGCAGCUCAUGAUUUGGCCAAACUUCCCAAACAACCAAGAAUAAAGCACAUAAAGCAACUUGCAAGGUCUCUAGCUCGUAGUCACCAUGAGAACGAUACCAACAGAAUUGCAGUUGAUCUAUUAAUCAAGGCCAAUCCAACACUCAGUUGUCUAGUGCAGCAAAAAGGUCUGCGAUUCACUCGUCUCAAGAGGCUCGCAAGGUCCUUACAUUGUGACGCAGAGAAGAAGGCUGUAGAUCAGCUGCAGGACAAAGCAGUAGAACACAAUCAGCCUGAAGUUCCUCAGCCACACAAUAUUAGACAAGAACAAGACUGAGUAUCAAGAAAAGGGCAGCCUUUUUUCUGUUACUCAGCUAUUUCUUAAGGAUUCCUGUUACACCAACAAUUUCUGAUGGGAAACAUCUGCCAAGGGUAACUUUUUUUCAGCUCAAUCAAUUACCAUUUUGGAUAUAUCUUGACUCUUGAGUUAAAACCUUUUGUUCUGCAGAAUUUUGCAAGAAACUGAAGACAAGGCA